AUGGAUCAGAAGUUCCAGCAAAUCCUGGCUUGGCAACAGAUGGAUCAGAACAAAGCUGUUAGUCAGAUCUUGCAGCAGAGUGAGAUGCAGAAAGCUGCCUUUGAAGCUCUCCAAGUGAAGAAGGAUCUUAUGCACAGACAGAUCAGGAACCAGAUUAAAUUAAUAGAAACAGAGUUAUUGCAGCUGACACAGCUGGAGUUAAAGAGGCAAGAACUGGACACAGAGACGCUGCAGGAGGAGGGCUUGGAGAAGCAGCUGGUGAACCUUUUAAUCGAGCUGUCAGCUGAACAGUAUGUGCCUGUCUUUGCACACCAUCGAAUUUCCUUGGAAGUGCUCAGCACCAUGACUGCCAGUGACCUGGAAAAGAUGGGCAUUGCAGAGACUGGCCUGCAGCGUGCCAUCCUCAGACGGGUGCAGGAGAUCCUGGCUGUGGCAAAGACAAUCCCAGAGCUGCUGAGGACAGUGGACACCGAGGUCCCUGCAGCCACACAACCCUGUGCCCCUGACGAGGCGGCCCCGAGUUCUGUGGUCCCCACUGCUCCCCUGCUGCAGUGGGAUGAGAAGAAGUCAGAGUGCGUUGUCUGCAUGGAGCAGGAGGCCCAGAUGAUUUUCCUGCCUUGUGGCCAUGUGUGCUGCUGCCAGACCUACUGCAAACGGCUACAGAGCUGUCCCCUGUGCCGCGGGGACAUCACAUAGCGCGUCCGCGUCUUCUACAGCAGCUAGGCAGGCUGGAGGGAGGCAUGGCUGCCCAGCACUGCCCUCAUCAAUCCGUCCCAGGGCAGGGCUCCUCCAUCAGUGUUAAAUACGCUCUCACAGCAUGACCCGCGCUGCCCUCUCCCUGCACACGGCUCUUGCUGGCUGCAGGCUGCACCCAGGGCUCUCAGCAGCCCUCCACCUUCCUGGUGGCUUUCCAGCCUUUGGCUUGGGUUCUUCAUCUGCAUCCACCAUCCAGCUUGUUUGCCCAGCCUGGGAGCACUGGGUGAUGGCAUUGGGUGUACUGGUGCUCCUCCUCUCUGGCUAUAUAUUUGCCAUUGGAAUUGCCUGUUGCUCAGCAGUGAUGCAGUUAGAGCCAUUGCUUCUGAAGCCACUGGGACCCUGCAGCUGCUCUAUUAUGGCCAUGCCACUUGCCAUUCUUCUGCUGUGGUGAAUUCUCCUCCAGGAGAGGCAUCCUGCCUUGUUAACGUUCUGGGAGGCUGAGAGUGCCUUGCUCGUGUGUUGUUGCCAUAGGCAAGACUUGUGCUCUUGCAAUCAGUGGCAACAUGGCUGGGGGGCUGCAGCAGGAGGCAGGGCAGAGCGAGGUGCUUCCCAUCCUUCACUGUCAAUCCCACUGAAGAGCAGCAUCUGCAGCAGCCUCACAACCAGUGCUCGAGGGACAGCUCUGACUAGAAGACAUUCCUCGUUGAGACGUGCUGUGUGGGGGAAAUGUUCCUGCCACAGAGUUCCAGCUCUUCCUUGUGUACGUGUGUUGGCAUCUGGGUUGUUCCCCAUUGUCAUUAAUAAGUAACGAUCCCGGUGGGGCUUUUAGUCUCUUGACCUCAAGUAUAAAACACAGAGAUAAGUCUG